CAGUCAGAAGAUGGAGUCUAAAACAAGCAGCGAGCCCAGCACAGAAGACACCGCCCGGACUCAGUUGUCGCGACUUCUCCUGGCUAAGAAAGUGGCCGAGGCUUUUAUGGCCAAGUUAGUACAUCUGGAUGUUGUGCCCACCACUUCGCCGUAGUCUGCUUUUUUAAAAAUUGUUUAGUGUUUUGUUUGCUACCUUUGGUUUUGUUCGUUUUGAGUAUCAACAUUGUUGCUAGAUUGAGCAGUUUUCGUUCAAGCUUUAUUGAGUGUUAAUUGUGUCUGGGGUUUUCGCUCAAGCUUUAUUAGGCGUUAAUUUGGCGGUUUUUGUUCUUUGAUUUUGGCGUUUUCGUUCAAGCUUUUGUUUAGUAUUAAUUCUGGCGGGGGUUGUUUUUUUUUGUUGAAGCCUUUUUGAGUGUCUAUUUUGGUGGCUAUCGCUGAAGUUUUGUUAAAUGUUGACUUUGGCGGUUUUCGUUCAAGCUGUCACUCCUUGGUUGUAGUGGUUUUUAUUCCAGGUUUUUGUUACGUGUUGGAUCUGCCCAGUUAUUUUCCCAAGGAAGUGGCUAUCCUCACCCGGGGUGAGAAUAAAAAUACGAUCGACCUUUCACCCCGGGUGAAACUUGCCACCGUUUGCUAUUCUUACCCGGUGUGAAACAAGACCUGUGUUUCCUAAUUUCGGAAUACUUUCUAUCGAUAUG